AUGUCUGAAAUUAUGGGAGUAAACCUCAACGAAAACGAUAUAUCGAUCGCUCAUCGUUUACCGCCAACGAAGAAAGUGAAAGAUCGACUAAUUGUCAAGUUCACUCGAGGAGGGAAAAGAGACGAAAAAUACAGCAAGAGGAAAAACUUAAAAUCUAAACGGACUAAAGAUCUCCCGUCUGUGGCCUGCGAGCCGGGAUAUGCGGUUGUAAGUCAUAAAGCACAAAUUUAUGCCAAUGAAAGCUUAACGCCAUACAGAAAACGACUACUGGGCAGAAUCUUACAAUUCAAGCGCGACCACAACUACAAGUUUAUUUGGACGGCUAACGGUAAAAUAAUCCUGAAGAAAACGGAGAGGUCUGCUACGAAAUGUUUCGUAACCCAUGAGGAAUUCGAAGAGUUUCUUGACGAGCUCAUUUAAUUAGCUAUCAGUUUAAUGAUAUUACGGAGGUAAAAAUGGCUGAUUACCAGGAAAACGUAAGUAGUUGUUUACCAUUUUAUGAUUUAACUGAUAGAGAAUUUCAUGCUAUGGUUGGCAGCUUGCCUGCGUGCAGACGUCUCCUAUUUCCUUUGUUGCACGCGGAAAAGGGACGUCUGCGUAACGCCGUCGCUAAUCGUGUUCCAGCGUCCCGCUGGCAGGGAAUUCUAUUUCGCAUAAAUUGUGAAAUAAUAUCCGGUUAGUGAUAAGAGUUGACAGGCCAAACACAACAUCAUAAGCUCGUGAUAAUGCGAAACGUGACCUUGAGAGUCUGCUUGAAGAGAGGUUUUUCUUCUUUUCUCUCUCGCACUACACAGUGCAUGUAGCUGUCUAAAUUUUGACUGAGUAAAUCUCGUUUUUGCCGCACUAAAUCUUACAUUUAGAGGUCAUGAAGCAAGUUUGUUACAUGCAUACUGAGUAACCAUUUCCUGUUGUUUAUGCCUCUGUGGGUGUUUCUGAUAGGAUUUGAUUUCAGAUGCAGUUCUAAAGUGUUUAAAUUUUCUUUGACCUCUGUUUGUUACGGCUAAAUAAAGAUUUUAGUUUUUUCGGCUGGCUUUCUCCGAAUUAAUGCCUGCCUGGUGCGAAGUCCACGCCACUUUUGUACGGUCUGCACACAAUGGCACAUGUUUUGAUUUGUUUUGACUGGAAAAUCCCGAUUACAUAAAUCACUGCAUAUAUUAUCAGACCACAUUCAAUAACAACCAAUCAGCCUUAAGUCGAACAAUGCGCACUGUGUGUCAGCCUAUCACAGCAUGUUCCCAAGAUCUUGGGAACCCAGCGGGACGCUGCAACACGAUUAGCGAGGGCGUUACGCAGACGUCCCUUUUCCGCGUGCAACACAGGAAAUAGGAGACGUCUGCACGCAGGCAAGUUGGCAGCUGGCCGGAUAGGCGUCAUGAUCUUGACGUUUACGAUCUACUUCCAAAUCCAAAUAAAUUCUACGAGUGCGACCCAGAUUUGUAAUGUUAAAUACCUCCUCUCAGAAUGUUAUUCAGUCCGUAGCUUUAAUAAAAUGCUCGUAAAUCCAGACGCAAAAUCUUUUUCAAUUCUUCACUGUAAUAUUAGAAGUUUAUCUCAAAACGUAAAUCUAUUAGAAGAACUAUUAUGCUCCCUUGACUCCAAGCUGGAUAUACACUGAAUUAGGUGAGAAGUCUAUUUCUAAUGUAAAUAUCAAAGUCUAUAAUUUUUUUCACACGAACUCGCCAACAAACGCAGGUGGAGCUGCUUUAUAUAUAGCUGAUAAUCUUAGAGCUGUACCUAGACCUGACAUUAAAUUUGACAUAGCACUCGUUGAAUCCUGCUGGGCAGAAAUUGAUGCUGGUGAAGGUAAGAAG